AUCUUUGAUAUCAAAUUGAAAUGGACAAUGAUAUUCUUUUUAACAGCUCUAAUUCUGCUUCAGUCAAGAGACAAAGACUAUAUCAGUUUUUGCUACAAGUUAACUGGAGAUCGUUUGUGUCUGGUAUAAUUGUUGGCAGUUCGUUAUCUGUACUGCUAAGUUUAUCUUUAUUUUUGAUCAUUGCACCAUACUUGAACGACAAACCAGAAGCGGAAAGUCCAUUAGCUGAUUCAUUCAAAGAUAUUGAUGGCAUAAAAAUAAGAUUUGGAAACUGGCAAUGGGGAUCGUGUUCCAAGACAUGUGGUAUUGGUGUACAGGAAGGGAUCAGAACCAGUAUAUGUCCACAGAAUGUUCAAUGUGUAGAUAAUGAAACGGAGAUUUUACGAAGACAUUGUAUUAGUGAACACUGUUCCGAUCAAGAUGAUAUAAAUCAAGCAUAUUCAGAUUUUGAAAAGGCUGUGGUAAAUGUUUUAGACCAACAUGCUCCUUUGAAAAAAAGAAAACAAUGUAAACAACCAGCACCAUUUAUGAACCAGGAGCUACGAAAAGCAGUGUAA